CAAACACUGCCUGGCAGCGGAGAUGUGGGGGAGCCAAAGCUGUGGUUUCUAAGCUGACUGGUACCUUGUGCUAUAUAAACAAAUUCUCUCUCAUCUAAGUCCAAAUGUUUUGAUGAUUUUCAUGAAAUGUAAGACGAUACAAACACGCGGCAUCCUAAAUCCUGUUAAGAGAUGUGCUGUGUGGGGAAAAAAAUUGAAACGGAAAAAGACAAAUCCAGAGGGGAUUAAAGGAACCAAACAAUUGGAGAGAGAAAGAGACUAAGUGAGAGAAAGAUAGAAAGAGAGAGCCGUAUCGGGAAUAAUCGCAGCGUGAGAGGGAGAGACGUGAGGCGGUGCUUUGAAUAGGAAGCAGAGGCAAGGCUGGGAAGAGAUUAGUGCUGUGCUCUGUGGGCUCAUCACUCAAUGAAAGGACACUCUGCAAACAACAAGAGCGCUCAGCCUCAGGAGAACUGGGAUAGGAAAGUAAGAACAGAGGAACUGGAUCUGUGCGAAGAAGGUUCUGAGGGACUUUUCUGUCCAUUCCCUGCCCCAGAUACCGCCCAUCUGCAUGGUACAGAGGAAAUUAGAUGGCCAUCUGUGAAAUAUUGGAAGACAGGGCAGAUGUAAAACGACCUAUCUAGGAUUUAAGAGCAGAGGGCUUCCUGUAUCAACUGUGCUGGCGCUGUUCCUAGUGUAAUCCUUUUUACGUGCAACCAAAAGAAUGACUUAUACAUCUUGUGUGGUUUUGAUCUCGCUCUUGGUUCGGCUCUCGGGGGCUAUUUGUCCUCAAGGCUGCCUGUGCAUCUCUGACAUACUGAACUGUGGCUCCUUGGGUCUGGAUAGAUUCCCCAACCCGCUUCCAUUCACAGCUUCUGUCCUGGACCUUAGUCAUAACAGACUAACAUGGUUGGCAGCUGGCAGCUUCUACGGGCUCCCACGAUUGCACACUUUGCAUAUGUCUCAUAACCGCAUCUCCUUGCUCAGUCCGGGAGCUUUUCAUAACAUCAGCAGUCUUCGAUACCUGGACCUUUCUUCCAACAAAUUGCAAGUGGUGGGGAAGUAUCACUUCCAGGACCUGCCAGUCUUGGAGGUGUUGUUGCUGUACAACAAUCGACUUACCCGUGUGGAAAGCAACACCAUAAUGGGGCUUGGCAAUCUCAGAAAGGUUUACUUGAGCCUCAACCAGAUCACAGAUUUUCCGUUCUUUUCAAUUCGUAAGCAUAGCCACCCUAACCUGGUUACACUGGACCUCUCCUCAAACCGCCUGUUUCGUUUGCCUAUGGAUGACAUUGUGGUGUUGCCCGUUGCGGUGCAAAAAGGCCUGUUCCUGCACAACAACAGUCUGGAGUGUGAUUGCUCAAUGUACCGCAUGUUUUGGCACUGGGAGCAGAAGGGUUAUCCAAGUGUGAAGGACUACAAAGAUGACUACAAGUGUCUCAUGUAUGGUGAGCCUCAAAUUUCAAUUAAUUUCCUGCGUUCUUCGCAUUUCUUUGAGAACUGUACGAUUGGGAAGAUGAUAUCCCUUAUAUCCCCAAAGGCUGAUAAAGUUGUUUACGAGGGUGAACAAGUGAGACUGGACUGCACUGGAACACUAAACGGAGAAGACCUUUCUUACAGCUGGAUCAUUCCUCAUCAAGAAAACAUCUCUCAGCUGAUCCAGAACGGAACUCUACGUCUCAAUCAAGAUGGUAGCUUGGAUAUCCUAGCUGCCCAGUCCAUAGAUUCAGGAGUGUACCAGUGUACUGCAGUGGAUAACGCAAGGAUGAUCAAUGAAUCCCGAGAAGUGAAUUUAACUGUGGUCGCCCAGCGCUCCACGGAGGAGCCUUUCUACACAGGCUACACCACUCUUCUGGGCUGUGUGGUGACCCUUGUCCUGAUAUUGAUGUAUUUGUAUUUAACCCCAUGUCGUUGUGGUUGCUGCAAACCUCCACCUCCCUCUCCGGCCAUCUCAACCUUUGGUGAAGACCGUUGUACUCUGGCCUCUAUCUUUGCAGCUCCUUCAACCGAUCGACUCAAGAACAAGACUCAGUCCGACAGGCACGUAGUAUUCCUUGAGCCACUCAUGACGGGGAAAAACGGCCAUCCAAAAGCUGCAUUUGAUGUUGAACAGCCUACAAUUGAAUGGGACACAUAAAACUUCACCAUGAUUAGAGAAAGAAAUGACUCUGAGUAGCAAAUUUGUGACUUCGAAAUCCUGCUUAAAAUUGCUUAAGCCUGUUUGAAUCAUAGGGACAAGCAUCACAAAUUAAUCUGUCAUGAUUUCCUAAUAAAUUACUUUGAUCCUCAGAUUUAGAGGUCU